AUGGCUGAAUCUAAUAUUGUCAACUCUAACCCUUUGCUUGAAGCUCCCCCACCAGAUCAGCAUUCCUUAUCUGAACAAAUCAAUAUUGCCACAAGAGCCGUCCAUUCUCAGCUCAACAAAUUAAUUCUCCUUCGUUUGCCCCUCGCUCUCCCUCCAUACACUACGAACCCGUCCAUCUAUGUCUCGGGCAUCCUUCACAUUGCGCCAAUCUACAUUACUUUCGAAUCACUAUGGCAAACCAUUAUAGAUGCUCCCUGCCUUCCACUAUCUCUCAACGAUGAACAAACAAAAUCUGACGGUCCCAGCAGUAGAUCGGACUCUUUGGACUCUCAGGCUUCGAAAGUCUGCUCAAGAACUCAGUCUCUUCUUUCACACCUCCUUCUUCCUGGUCUCUUGCGAUCCGGUCGCCUUCAAGCCGAUAUCCGCACUUUGACUGGAACCCCCGAUCAUAAGAUUGAAGAGCAAUUGAAGGCAGUCUCAAAUGAUGGGCGGCUAGCAGAGUUUAUUACACACACAAAGAAUUCUGUCCAAACAAACCCACAUGUGUUGUUAGCAUAUGCGUGGGUAUUAUAUAUGGCCUUGUUCUCGGGCGGUCGUUAUCUUCGAGCUUCCCUCAAAUCGGCGGGUGGCUUGGAAGACUUUUGGGAAAGAGACUCCUCUCCCGUGCGCCCCUACGGGGUUACAAGACCUUCUGGGCCCGCCCAGUCUUCUAGUAAAGUGCAUUCCGAACAAGGAUUACGUCCUUCUGCGCGUCGGCUUUCACGUUCUGAGUGUAGUCGGAUGAUGAAGAAACAAGGCCUCCAGUUCUUCGAUUUUGCUGGGGAUGAGGAUGGCGAAGAUAUUAAACGCGAAUUUAAGGGGCGAAUAGCAGAAGCCGAAGUGCUCUUAACAGAUGGCGAAAAGGCCGACAUUAUCAAGGAAGCGCAAGCAAUAUUCUCAUUCAUGGUUAUGAUGGUUUCUGAACUAGAUUCAAUAUGUGGAACUACGGAAGAACAAUUGGAGGCAGUGAAAUCUUCAGGCUCCACAAGAUUACAUCGGGAACACAAACCUCUAAACAUGGCGCGGGGCAGUAUUGAUCUCACGCAGGAACGCCUUUCAAAAAUGAGAGAAGACAAGAGUUCUACUGAAGAAGAACGAUUGGAGAGAAAACCAAGUCUCUAUGCCUCAUUCGUUGAAGCUCCCAUGGCUAAAUUGGUGAGAUUUAAAGAUGACUUCCCGGGUACAGGGAGACCUCUGGCAAGAAAGCAUUCCAUAAUCUCUCCCCCCACACAGGGUGGAACCUCAGAUGAAGAAAAUGGUAUAACUUCGGGGACAAGUCUAUAUGUUGGACUCCUAGCAUUUGGAGGACCGUUAGUAGCGUUGACAGCAGCAUUUGCAGCUUGGUAUUAUGUUGUGUAA